AUGCCGCGGCUGUCCGCCGCCUCCUGCGUGUCCUGGGCCGCUCUGCUCUGCGCCCUGGCCCCGGCGGGCGGCGGGGAGCUGCGGCCGCCCCGCACCGCCCCGCUCCUCCACCUGCCCCCGGGGGCUGCGGGGCGCCGAGCCCCCGAGCCCCCCGCGCUGCCGCCCGCCGGGCGCCUGAGGGCUGCGGGCACCGCGCUGCGCCGAGCCCCCGGCCCCGCCGAGCCCCGAGGUGGGGGGCUCUGCCCGCGGCGAGCCCGGCGGAGGGGCGUCCCCGAGCCCCCCGGAGCCGGGGGGGUCUCGGCAGGCUGCCCCCCGGCACCCCGGAGCGGUGCGGAGAGCUGGGGGCGGCGGGGAGCGCGGCGGGCGAGGAGCCCCAACAGCCCGCCGCAGUUCCAGCUGCCCAGCUACCAGGUGUCCAUCCCCGAGAACGAGCCCGCUGGCACGGCCGUCAUCGUGCUGAGGGCCCAGGACCCCGACGAGGGGGAAGCAGGCCGGCUGGCGUACUCCAUGGAGGCGCUUUUCGACGAGCGCUCCAACGAUUACUUCUCCAUCGACGCCCAGACGGGCAGCGUGGUCACCGCCCGCAGCCUCGACCGGGAGACGAAGGACACCCACGUGCUGAAGGUGACCGCCUCCGAUCACGGCUCCCCGCGCCGCCGCUCGGCCACCACCUACCUGACGGUGACCGUGAGCGACACCAACGACCACGAGCCGGUGUUUGAGCAGCCCGAGUACCGGGAGAGCAUCCGGGAGAACCUGGAGGUGGGUUACGAGGUGCUGACCAUCCGCGCCACCGACGGCGACGCCCCGGCCAACGCCAACAUGCUGUACCGCCUGCUGGAGCCGGGGGCGGGCGAUGGGGUCUUCGAGAUCGACCCGCGCUCGGGCGUCGUGAGGACCCGAGCCCCGGUGGACCGCGAGGAGGUCUCUGAGUAUCACCUGGUGGUGGAAGCUAACGACCAGGGCAAGGAUCCAGGACCGCGCAGCGCCACGGCCAUGGUGCACAUCACGGUCGAGGACGAGAACGACAACUACCCCCAGUUCAGCGAGAAGCGCUACCUGGUCCAGGUGCAAGAGGACGCCCCGGUCAACAGCCAGAUAUUGCAGGUGCAGGCCACGGAUCGGGACCGGGGCAGCAACGCCCAGGUGCACUACAGCAUCGUGAGUGGCAACCUCAAAGGUCAGUUCUACAUCCACUCCUUCUCCGGUGCCAUCGACCUGAUCAACCCUCUGGAUUACGAGACUAUUCGGGAGUACACGCUCCGGAUCAAAGCCCAGGAUGGGGGCAGGCCUCCUUUAAUCAACUCCAGCGGCAUGGUGUCGGUGCAGGUCGUGGACGUGAACGACAAUGCCCCCAUCUUUGUCAGCACUCCCUUCCAGGCCACGGUGCUGGAGAACGUUCCCCUGGGCUACUCGGUGCUGCACAUCCAGGCUGUGGAUGCGGACUCUGGGGAGAACGCGCGCCUGGAGUACAAACUCAUAGAGAUGGCACCGCCCGCCGGGGGUGCCCCCACGGCGGGUGACUCGGGGUUCCCUUUUCAGAUCAACAACAGCACGGGGUGGAUCACGGUGGCCGCAGAGCUGGACCGAGAAACUGUGGAGAACUAUCACUUUGGGGUGGAGGCCAGGGACCACGGCGUGCCGGUCAUGACCUCCUCGGCCAGCGUGUCCAUCACCAUCCUGGACGUGAACGACAACAACCCCACCUUCACUGAGAAGGUGUACCACCUCAGGCUGAACGAGGACGCGGGUGGCAGCAGUGUCCUGACCCUGACGGCAGUGGACAGGGACGUGAACAGUGUCGUGACUUACCAGAUCACCAGUGGCAACACGAGGAACCGUUUUGCCAUCACCAGUCAGAGCGGAGGGGGGCUGAUCACUGCCUUGCCCCUGGAUUACAAGCAGGAAAGGCAGUAUGUGCUCACAGUCACUGCCUCUGACGGCACUCGCUUUGACACCGUCCAGGUCUUCAUCAACGUCACAGAUGCCAACACGCACCGCCCGGUCUUCCAGAGCUCCCACUACACGGUGAGCGUCAGUGAGGACAAGCCCAUUGGCACCUCGAUUGUCACCAUCAGUGCCACUGACGAAGACACGGGGGAGAAUGCGAGAAUCACUUACAUUUUGGAUGAUAACAUCCCCCAGUUCCGCAUCGACCCCGACACCGGCACCAUCACCACCCUGAUGGAGCUGGACUACGAGGACCAAGCCUCCUACACGUUGGCCAUUACAGCCCACGACAACGGCAUCCCCCAGAAAUCGGACACCACCUACGUCGAGAUCCUCAUCCUGGAUGCUAAUGACAACGCGCCCCGCUUCCUGCGCGACCGCUACCAGGGCUCCGUUUUCGAGGACGUGCCGCUCUCCACCAGCGUCCUGCAGCUCUCUGCCACCGACCGCGACUCGGGCCUCAACGGCCGUCUCCUCUACACAUUCCAAGGUGGUGAUGAUGGAGAUGGAGACUUCUACAUUGAACCCACUUCUGGAGUGAUACGCACGCUGCGCAAGCUGGACCGCGAGAACGUGGCUGUCUACAGCCUGCGGGCCUUUGCAGUAGACAGGGGCAGCCCACCCCUGAAAGCCUCUGUGGAUAUCCAAGUGACUGUGCUGGAUAUCAACGACAACCCUCCUGUCUUUGAGAAGGAUGAAUUUGACAUCUUUGUGGAGGAAAACAGCCCCGUGGGCUCUAUUGUGGCACGAAUCAGCGCAGGACCCGAUGAGGGGACCAACGCACAGAUCAUGUACCAGAUAGUAGAGGGCAACAUCCCUGAGGUCUUCCAGCUAGACUUGCUGAAUGGAGACCUCACAGCCCUGAUGGACCUGGAUUACGAGAGCCGGACAGAGUACGUGAUUGUAGUGCAGGCCACCUCGGCCCCUCUUGUGAGCCGGGCGACCGUGCACAUCCGCCUCUUGGAUCAGAACGAUAACCCCCCAGUGCUGCAGGACUUCCAGAUCCUCUUCAACAACUACGUGACCAACAAGUCCAACAGCUUCCCCUCUGGCGUGAUUGGCAAGAUCCCUGCUCAUGAUCCCGAUGUGUCUGACAGCCUGGCCUACACCUUUGUGCAAGGCAACGAAUUAAACUUGCUCCUUUUGGACUCUGCCACUGGGGAACUCAAACUCAGUCGAGAUCUGGACAACAACAGGCCCCUGGAAGCCCUCAUGAAAGUGUCGGUCUCAGAUGGCGUCCACAGCGUGACGGCAGUUUGCACCCUGCGUGUCACCAUCAUCACCGACGACAUGCUCACCAACAGCAUCACGGUGCGGCUGGAGAACAUGUCCCAGGAGAGGUUCCUUUCUCCCCUCCUGUCCCUCUUCGUGGAGGGGGUGGCAACAGUGCUGUCCACCGCCAAGGAUGGCAUCUUCGUUUUCAACAUCCAAAACGACACGGACGUCAGCUCCAAUAUCCUGAACGUGACCUUCUCGGCUCUGCUCCCCGGUGGCAUCCGAAACAAGUUCUUCCCCUCCGAGGACCUUCAGGAGCAGAUCUACCUCAACAGGACCCUGCUGACCCUGAUCUCCACGCAGAGGGUGCUGCCCUUCGACGACAACAUCUGCUUGCGGGAGCCCUGCGAGAACUACAUGAAGUGCGUCUCCGUGCUGAAGUUCGACAGCUCGGCCCCGUUCAUCAGCUCCAACACGGUCCUGUUCCGCCCCAUCCACCCCAUCAACGGGCUGCGGUGCCGCUGCCCGCCCGGCUUCACCGGCGACUACUGCGAGACGGAGAUCGACCUCUGCUACUCCAACCCCUGUGGGAGCAACGGGCUGUGUCGGAGCCGAGAAGGGGGCUACACUUGCGAGUGCUACGAGGACUACACUGGGGAGUACUGCGAGGUGAACGCCCGCUCCGGCCGCUGUGCCCCAGGGGUGUGUAAGAACGGAGGAACCUGCGUCAACCUGCUGAUCGGGGGGUUCAAGUGCGAGUGCCCCCCAGGCGAAUACGAGCGGCCCUACUGCGAGAUGACCACCAGGAGCUUCCCCCCGCAGUCCUUCAUCACCUUCAAGGGGCUGCGGCAGCGCUUCCACUUCACCGUCUCCCUCAUGUUCGCAACCAGGGAAAGGAAUGCUCUCCUCCUCUACAACGGGCGUUUCAACGAGAAGCACGACUUCAUUGCGCUGGAGAUCAUCGAGGAGCAGAUACAGCUCACGUUCUCUGCAGGGGAGACGACCACGACGGUGGCACCGUUUGUUCCUGGAGGGGUCAGUGACGGGCAGUGGCACUCGGUCCAGGUGCAGUACUACAACAAGCCCAACAUUGGGCGAUUAGGAAUUCCCCACGGGCCUUCGGGAGAGAAGGUGGCAGUGGUGACUGUGGAUGACUGCGACACAGCGGUGGCCGUGCGCUUCGGGAGCCUCAUCGGAAACUACACCUGUGCUGCCCAGGGGACUCAGACUGGCUCAAAGAAAUCUUUGGACCUGACUGGCCCUCUUUUGCUUGGUGGGGUCCCAAACUUGCCAGAAGAUUUCCCGGUGCACAACAGGCAGUUUAUCGGCUGCAUGAGGAACCUCUCUAUUGACAGCAAGCCGAUCGACAUGGCCAGCUACAUCGCCAAUAAUGGGACGCUGCCAGGCUGUGCAGCACAGAGGAACUAUUGCGAAGCCAACUGGUGCCAGAACGGAGGCACGUGCGUCAACAAGUGGAACACCUACAUCUGCGAGUGCCCCGUACGGUACGGGGGGAAGAACUGCGAGCAAGUAAUGCCUUCUCCUCAGCGUUUCAGUGGAGAGAGCAUCAUCAUUUGGAGUGACCUUGACAUUACCAUCUCUGUGCCGUGGUACAUUGGGCUGAUGUUCAGAACCCGGAAAGUCAAUGGCAUGUUAAUGCAAGCAAACGCUGGAGCAGCAUCCAAGAUCAACAUCCAGAUACUGAACAACUAUGUUCAGUUUGAAGUGUACAGUGGCCUGAGCCAGGUUGCUAGUUUGAAGAUGACCCAAACACGAGUCAGUGAUGGGGAAUGGCAUCAUUUAUUAAUCGAGCUAAAGAGUGCUAAAGAUGGAAAAGACAUCAAGUACCUGGCCGUCAUGUCCUUGGACUAUGGGAUGUACCAGAGCACUGUGCAAAUUGGAAAUCAACUACCGGGACUGAAAAUGAAAAGCAUCAUUGUGGGAGGUGUCUCUGGCGACCAGAUCUCUGUUCAGCAGGGGUUUUAUGGCUGUAUGCAGGGAGUAAGAAUGGGAGAGACAUCUACAAAUAUAGCCACGCUCAACAUGAAACAGGCUAUCAAGAUCAAUGUGAAGGAGGGCUGUGAAGUGGAUAACCCCUGUGACUCCAACCCGUGUCCCCAGCACAGCUACUGCAGCGACGACUGGGACAGCUACUCCUGCGUGUGCGACCCAGGGUACUUUGGAAGAGACUGUGUUGAUGUAUGUAACCUGAACCCAUGUGAGCAUGUCUCCACGUGUGUGCACAAACCUAGCUCAUCCCAUGGCUACACCUGCGAAUGUGGACAGAGCUACUACGGGCAGUACUGCGAGAGCAAGAUUGACUUGCCUUGUCCCAGAGGCUGGUGGGGAAAUCCUAUCUGCGGUCCGUGUAAUUGUGAGACUAAUAAAGGGUUUGAUCCUGAUUGCAAUAAGACCAAUGGGGAAUGCCACUGCAAGGCAAAUUACUACCGGCCACAGAGCAGCGACACCUGCUAUCCCUGCGACUGCUUCCCCUCGGGCUCCCACACGCGCUCCUGCGACAUGGAGACAGGGCAGUGUCCUUGCAAACCUGGAGUCAUAGGGCGGCAGUGCAACCGCUGCGACAACCCCUUUGCCGAAGUCACCCUGAAGGGCUGUGAAGUAAUUUAUAAUGGGUGUCCCAAAGCUUUCGAGGCUGGUAUUUGGUGGCCACAGACCAAGUUUGGCCAGCCAGCUGCCGUGCCGUGUCCUAAGGGAUCAGUGGGAAAUGCAGUUCGCCACUGUAACAUUGAGAAAGGCUGGCUGCCUCCCGAGCUUUUCAACUGUACCACCAACACUUUUGUGGAUCUAAAAAUCAUGAACGAGAAGUUACACCGCAAUGAGACCAAGCUGGAUGGAGACAAAACCGUACGGAUUGUUAGAGUGUUGCAGAAUGCCACCAAAUAUACACACAGCUUGUACGGCAAUGAUGUGAGGACAGCUUACCAGAUGAUGAUCCGGGUCCUAGAGUAUGAGAGCCAGCAGCAAGGGUUUGACCUGGCGGCCACGAGGGAUGUGGAAUUCAAUGAGAAUAUUAUCAAAGUGGGUAGUGCCCUAUUGGAUCCCAGCAAUAAGGAGCAGUGGGAGCACAUUCAGCGAACAGAGGGUGGCACAGCUCACCUGCUAAGACACUACGAGGAUUAUUUCAACAACGUGGCCCAGAACAUGAAGAAAACCUACAUGAGACCUUUUGUCAUCAUUGCCACUAACAUGAUUAUUGCUGUUGACAUCUUUGACAAGUCUAAUUUUACGGGAGCUAGAAUACCACGAUUUCAUGAGAUUAAGGAAGAUUAUCCGAAAGAUCUGGAAUCAUCUGUUAUCUUCCCAGAUACGCUGUUCAGACCUUCAGACAGGAAAGCAGUACCUACGAUGAAGCCUUCAAAUCAAAAAUUAUCCUCCAAGGUGAGCAGUGAUGCACUAAGCCCUGAGAACACAUUUGCAAAGAGAAGGAAGCGACACCCAGAUGACUCAAGCCAUCAUACUGUUGCCAUGGUCAUUAUAUACCGGUCCCUAGGACAUCUCCUGCCAGAAAACUAUGAUCCCGACCGAAGGAGCUUGAGAUUACCAAACCGCCCUAUUAUCAAUACACCCGUAGUGAGCACCGCCAUUCACAGUGACAGGGAGCUUCCUCCCAACUUGGUGGAAAAGCCCAUCAUAGUGGAGUAUGCCAUGCUGGAAACGGAGGAGAGAACGAAGCCUGUCUGUGUCUUCUGGAAUCACUCCAUCACGAUUGGCGGAACAGGUGCCUGGUCCUCCCGAGGAUGCGAGCUGUUUUCCAGAAACCAGAGCCAUAUUGCGUGCCAGUGCAGCCACCUGACCAGCUUUGCCGUCCUGAUGGACAUUUCAAAACGAGAGAAUGGGGAGGUGCUUCCUCUGAAGAUUGUCACUUACACAACCGUUUCCAUCUCGCUGGUGGCUUUGCUGAUCACCUUCAUCCUGCUGGUCCUGAUCCGCACGCUGCGGUCCAACUUGCACAGCAUCCACAAAAACCUGGUGGCUGCCCUUUUCUUCUCUGAGCUCGUCUUUCUCAUUGGAAUCAACCAGACUGAUAACCCGUUUGUGUGCACGGUGAUUGCCAUCCUCCUGCAUUACUUCUACAUGAGCACCUUUGCGUGGAUGUUUGUGGAGCAGCUCCACAUCUACCGGAUGCUGACCGAAGUGAGGAACAUCAACUUUGGGCACAUGCGAUUCUACUACGUCGUUGGCUGGGGCAUUCCUGCCAUUAUAACAGGGCUUGCUGUUGGUCUGGAUCCACAAGGCUAUGGGAACCCUGAUUUCUGCUGGUUGUCUGUUCAUGACACCCUUAUCUGGAGUUUUGCUGGACCCAUCGUAAUCGUUGUAGUUAUAAACACUGUCAUCUUCAUACUAGCAAUGAAAGCAUCAUGCAGACGAAGGCAACGUUCAUUUGAAAAAACUGGAGUCAUCUCCGUGCUGCGGACGGCAUUCCUGCUCCUGCUGCUCAUCAGCGCCACGUGGCUGCUGGGGCUGAUGGCAGUGAACAGCGAUGUCAUGACGUUUCACUAUCUCUUUGCCAUUUUCAGCUGCCUGCAGGGGCUGUUCAUUUUCUUCUUCCACUGCGUGUUUAACAAAGAAGUCAGGAAGCAUUUGAAGAACACUUUAACUGGAAAGAAACCUCUUCCAGAUGAUUCCACUGCCACAAGAGCUACGUUAUUAACUCGAUCUCUGAACUGUAACAACACAUACAUAGAAGAGCCAAAUAUGUAUCGCACGACCCUUGGGGAAUCCACUGUCUCCCUAGAAAGCACCGUCAGGUCAGCCAAGAGCCACAAUAGCUACCUUGCUUAUAUUCUCAGGGAUGAUGCUGCUCAUAAGCUCAGUGGAUCCUCAAGUCAAGCAAGGGCUGGUCAGACUGAAGCAGAUUCCUCCAUUUUUCAUAGGAAUCCUUCUAAAUCCAACGAGCAUGAUUCAGACUCUGACAGCGAACUGUCCCUUGACGAACACAGCAGCUCCUACGCCUCCUCCCAUUCAUCGGACAGCGAGGAAGACGGGCUUGAGCCAGAGAAAAAGUGGAACACAUCCACUUCCAAAAAUAAUGAACGUGGCCCUCUCCACAGCACACCUAAAGAAUGCAUAACGGCCAGCGACAGCGAGGACCCCAGUGGGAAACAGAAACUCAAAGUCGAGACCAAGGUCAAUGUGGAGCUCCACAGGGAAAACCAGAUGAACCACAACAACGAAGCGCCGCAGGACAAAGAGAACGAAGGGCAGCAGAAGGAGAACAGACCUCUGUCCCACCAGAAUAACCAGCAGCCAGAGCAGAGGAAAGGCAUCUUAAAAAACAAAGUCACCUACCCUCCCCCUCUGAUGGACAAGAAUAUGAAGAAUCGACUGCGGGAAAAGCUAUCGGAUUAUAAUCAGACCACGAUCUCAUCCAGGACUACUUCCCUGGGGACAAACGAUGGGGUCCGCUCUCCUUCGGACUCGGGGGUGACAGUAAAAAAUGCUCGGAGGGAGCAGUCUCGAGACCAGCUCAACGGCAUGGCCAUGAAUGUCCACGUGGGAACAGGACAUGCUGAGACCUCAGACUCAGAGGUCACUGCCUGGGUGCCUCAGACUUCUCUGGAGUCUCUGCGUGGCCAGGAGGACGAAGAUGGCUCUGAUUCCCGCAUGGUUUCAUGUUCUGGCAGACUCCUGGCAGCUCGCAGCGGAGACACGGUGCCCAGCUGCCCGUGAUGGGGCCGCUCUGUGACAACGCUGCACGCGACGCGAACCUGUGCCAAAAAGCAUGGAAAUGGCCCCAAGGAUUCCCACAAGGAUUCCCAGCAAGGGUUGAAUUCCUUCUUGCAGCGUGGACAGUGCUGCAGGAGUUGCUCAGCUGCUGGGGAGAAACAAGGAAAAACAAGUUACUGCAGUGGACCUACAGGAAGACAACCCGUCCGCCUCAAGGCAAGCACCAGGAGAUGCCUCUCGUGAACUUUUCUCCAGCUACAGCGUGAACCAUUCGGCGUGCUGGACUCUGGGGAGGAAUAUCCCAACAAGUGUCCUUCAGUUUCUAUGCCAGCAUCUCUCUCCAGCCCCCUAUGGACGCGUCGUCUUCAGAAAAUAAAAAUAAAAAUCCUUUAUAUAUAUAUAUAUAUAAAGUGUAGAUACUUUUAUAUAUUUUGUAUGGUGAUGCUAAAGAAAAAGUUCCUUUGUAUAUUUUACAUUUAUACUGAUCUUCUUAAUUUGAUAACAGGAAAUCAAUUAAAAGAGUUUUUGAUAUUUUUUAUAUAAACAUUGCACAAUCUUACUUGAAUUUGGCAUUUGAUAAAGUAACUGAUGUUUGCAUGGAAACCACCUUAGGAUGCAAUGCAGUUUUCAAAAUAAGGCAGUAAAGAUUAUUUCUAAAUCCAGGAAUAUAAUUUAUAAGUUUUGUUGACAGAUUUUGGAACACUUUAAGGACACAGUAUGUUUUUUCGUAACCUCUUCUAAAACUGAAAAAAAAUUUGGUGUUUUUUUUUUUUUUUUCCAUUUUUUGGUGUUUUGGCCUCUUCUCUCAAGUGCAUUGAAAUGUUCAGAAACUGAACUUCAGGGCUAAAAAUAAGUUAUGUCUUAGUCUUAAGAUUUCAACACAGUCCUUGUAUGGAAGAAGUCAAAUCAAUAUUUCCCAUAGCAAGAACAAGAAAACAAGUGGUGUAGUUGUGGAGUGGGUUUCUCGGACACUGCUGGUCUGGCUCAGGGACAAAACAGCCUCCCAAGAAGAGGGUCCUCCUCCCCGGUUCUGCACGAGGAGCAGUCAUUUUAUUUUACUGCUGCUUUCUCUCCCUCUGGAGUCAGCACGUUGCAAAUCAAAGCAGAAACACGAGGCUGGAAGGAUGGCCAGGCUUCAUUUCCCAGCUCUUUGAGAAAUCCCUGGCCUUCCUGGUGUGUCCAAAAGCGCGUGGAAGGAUUAAGGUUUCACGUUCAAUGGUACGGCCGUGACCACCAAGGCUCUCAGGAGCUCCCUGUGCUCCAGAGCAGCCCUUUGGGAAAAUACCAGCUCAUGUGUAUGAGUGCAUAUGUGAAAGGGAAGGUACAGAAAAUCACCCUAAAUAGAAUGCAGGAGAUCAGGAAAAACAAAACAAAACAAAACAAAGGCAAAUAUAGAGCAAUCUGGGUUUUGUUACAUUCCUAUGCGCUUUUAAAUGCAUUUAGGAAAUGUCUUCGGGAAGGGAGGGGGAGGAAGGGUACUGGUCCUGUAAAAGUUAUGCAUCAUGCUGUGUGAAAUUUUCUGGCUGACAAAAAGGUCUGAAUGUUUUAGGUGCCUGACACUUGGCUGUGUGCUCAGGCAUUGUGUAUAACCCCUGCUAGUUGUUUUUACAUCUGUGUAUGUAUAUUUUGUCCCAGUGAGAUGUAGGUAGUUUUUAUUUUGAUCAGAAUUGUUGCAGUAAAGGAGGGUCAGUUGUGUUAAUGACAAAAAAUUAAAACCUAUUUUUAUGACUUUUUAAAAGCUUUAUGGCAGAUUAGACACUGGAGCUUUUUUGUUUUCUUUUUUUUUUUUUUAAACAAAUGUGUAUUUAUUAAUGUGCAGAACACUGGAAUUGCAGCACAGAUGAAAGGAGAAUUUACAAUAAAUUAAGAUUUUUUUUUGAACUUCUGGAGUUUAUUUUCAAUGCCGAAUGGAUGCUGAGGGCCCCAGUGGCAUUUUUAGGGAUUUACAAAGUAGCAGGAGGGGAGACGUACUGGUACCUAUUGCUCUUGCCAAGGAAGCAGAGGCUGUAAAGCUUCACCCUCACCACUCCCUUACAAUCAGGUGCCCCUUAUGUGCACAAGGCGUCAGGUUUGGGCUGCGAGGAGCAGAGCCUGUGUCCCGUCCUUCCUGCAGCACCGCAGAGAGCUCUGCUAUGGGUCAGGCAUUAAAUGUACUCGGUUCUGGAAAAGCCUUCAUAUUCAUGUUUUGCAGAUGCUUUAAGUCCACCAUGAGGCUGAGUCUUCGUUUGGGAGGCAGGCUUGGUUUGGGGGCUUUUGUUUUCUUUGGGGUUUGCUUUUUGUUCUUUUACCAAGCACAUUCCUUGUUCCUGCAGAAUUUGCACUGAUGAAACCCCAGGACACUGGUGCGUUGACAUCCACCCAGGCCAAACCUCAGCUUCUUGUGCACCCAAUUUCCAUGGAGGGGAAAAUCUGCUUGCGAACAUCCCAUGGUAUGGCAGACCCUGAGUUUGGCCAGGGGAGGGGAGCCAAUGCAAGCCUGUGAUGAGAAGAACCUUUUCUGACUUUGUUGGCUAAGCUGUGGUCCUGCUCGUGCUGUACUUUUUAGGCUGUUGUGCAGGUCUUCUUCGUUAAAGUGUCUUACGAGGCACAUCAGGGACCUGCAAGCGUCUGCCAGCAUUCUGGAAAUAAAGUAUUUCCCAAUAUCA